AUGUCAUUGUCUAUCCCGCCCCUGUCCCCAUCUUCCAAGCGACGCAGACCGCUGCAUGAAAGAACUCCGUCUCAAAGCAACGAACUUCCUGCAGCCUCGACCUUAAGAGUCGUGAUGGAUAAAUAUUCCGAUGACGAUGUCGACGUCUAUUCCGCGGAUCCGUAUCCCACCAAACCAGAACACAUCCUCCUACCCACCGCGCCUGCAAACCAAUUUGGUCCUCUGACAUCGAACCCUGUUUCAGCUUCGUUCCAUAAUGACCCGGCCGACUCCCCCUCGAGCGCGGAAUAUACCAGUCGAAACUUCCCCGAAGACAAUGGUGGCAGUGUCUCGGAACUCUCCACGUUGGUCCAAGAGGGCAACCUCUCCAGCUUCAUCUGGGGAGAAAGCCAAAACUCCAGCAAUACGUCCAUACCCCAUUUCGCGACACCUGUCAUCGACGAAGGCAACGAAUCGGGCGAGGAAAAAUCUGCAAGCAGUGAUGGGACCUCUCUCCCGCCAUUGAACACAACCAUCAAGCCGGUCCCUCGAGAUUCGUGCACGCCUGUACAGUCCGACUCGGGCUCAGUCAGCGACUCGAGCCUGAAUGUAGUUCAGCUUGGCCUCACCUCCAGUCCAAACAUCGUUCCCCUGAAUAGCUCAUCUCCCAAUUUUAUGCCAGUUGCCACCUCGUCACCUUAUUACGUCAAAGAAAGCCCUUCGGAUUCGUCCUUAUACUCUGCCAAUACCUUUGGGACCGCCAGACGGUACGUCAAUCCGCGGCAGCAGAAUCCGGCAUUUUUGGACCGCGAUAGCAGCCAGUCAUUCUCCUUCUCUUCCAGUCCACCCAGCGCGAUUUUACGAUCACACCAGUCUGCGUCGUCUUUCGCGCUCUCACGAGGAGGAUCGACCCAUACGCGGACAGCUUCCACCUCGACCCGCAGUGGACAGACGCCAUCCGAGGUCCAAGCAGCCCUUGAUAGCGGCACACUUAUCAGAUAUCCAGCAAUUCGUUCACCAGCUUCCACCGGCUCCUUGGUAGAAGGAUCGUCAUCUAUACUACCGUCACAAUCCACCCAACUAACACGAUAUCAAUCGGGCCGGAACCGCCAUUUGUCAAUUGUACCUUCUGAAUGGUCUGCGGAAAGGGAAGUGAGCUGCUCGACUGCCUCGCUCCAGGUUGACCAAACGGAAUCUACCCUGGGCCCAUCGAAAGAUAAUGCAACUGGCGGUCGCCCUUCCGACUUUUCAAUUCGGCUUGUGGCUCGAUCUGAAAGCGACGAAGGAAGUGACACCCUCAGCCGACUCCAGCCUUGUCACCUGCGGACAAAACGAUCCGGAUCAUUAAGUAACCGCUCGAUGGUAUCAAGAUUUGAUAGCUUUCGAUUGAUGAGCAGGCCAGGAUCCAGCGCCAGCUCUGUUUUCAACGCUCUCCCUUCUUGGGCGAAGGUCUAUUAUCGUAGCGGUGGGACCGGAUUUCAACUUUCGGCCUUGUCUUUGGUUGAAGGUAGCCGCCCCUCGACCGCUGCAAGUGCUCGCCCCGCCGCGCAUCUCGCACCCCUAGAAGUAGCUCGCACGCGUACCCGCCCUAGGAAAAACACCAACACUCGGUUAGCCCUUCCAACUGUCGACACGAGGGAUCCUAGGAUUCACUGGGUUGGUGGCCAUCAACACGCCCAGGAAACCGCUAUCAGGACCCCUUCUCGAGAAGCGACUCCUCCAAAUUGGUCACCACAUCUCUUUCCGGAUCAUCGUACUGGCUCCCUUCGAAGGUCGCUGUGGAACCCUCCCUCGUUGGAUGAAUCUGCGGAGGGUAUAAUAAGUUGGCGCAACGUCCAGAUCUAUUUAUUUUGCCUGGGGUUUUUACUUCCACUCAGUAUGCUUUUUCUUUAUGCAGCUUUCCGCCGCCAUUCAUUCAAGGUUGUAACUAACUUCUUUUCAGCGUGGUUUGUCGGGUCUUUCCUUCCGCUCCCUCCGAAAAUAUUUACGCCGAGCGAGGAAUUCACCACCGAUCAGCCAGACGUUGAACGAACGUUCAGCAAUCGAGUCAAACAUAUAGAUCAGAUCCGAUACGAGAACGCUAGAUGGUGGCGAAGGCUCAACCGUUGUAUGACGCCAGUUGGGCUUGUAAUAAUUGCUACUAUUGUGACCCUAUCAAUAUUAGGAGUCAAAAACAUAAUUUAA